AUGGAAUCUGAAAUAAAAAAUUUCUAUAAGGACAAAACUGUUUUCAUAACCGGUGCGAGUGGAUUCCUAGGAAGAGUGAUCAUUGAGAAACUGUUGCGUGAGACUGAGGUGAGGCGCAUCUACGCAUUGAUAAGACCCAAGCGGGGCAAGAACAUACAGGACCGCAUUGCCGAAUGGAAAACAGUUCCACUUUUUGAAGUGCUGCUCAAGGCUAAACCCGAUGCAUUGGAUCGUGUUAUUGGCAUAAACGGGGACUGCGCGGAGCCUGAUCUAGGCAUCAGUGCAGUGGAUAGGAAGCUGCUUUUGCAGCAGGUGGAGUUGGUGGUGCACAGCGCGGCAACGGUGAGUUUUGCCGAGCCGCUGCACGUGGCAUUAGAUAUUAAUACGAGGGCCACUCGCUGCAUGCUGCAGCUGGCUAAGCAGAUGCCUCGCUUGGGGGCCUUCGUGCAUAUCUCCACGGCAUAUUCCAACUGCGUAAUUCAUCACAUCACGGAUCGUUUUUAUCCCGAGCAUCUCUCGUGCAAUGUGAGCCAGGUUUUGCAACUGAGAGAAGCGCUGAGCACGGAUCUGUUUGAUCGAAUGGCUCCGGCACUGCUAGAUAAGUUUCCCAACACGUACACCUACACGAAGGCCUUGGCGGAACAGCUCAUUGAAACCGAAGCCGGAGACUUGCCGGUGUGCGUCUUUCGCCCAGCUGCCAUUGUCGCUAGUCAUAAAGAGCCUAUCACCGGGUGGAUAGACAACCUGUACGGGCCCAUUGCGUUGCUCUAUGGCGUCGCCAUGGGGGUUCUACGGGUCGCACCAGUCAAUAAGCAGGCUCCGUCGAACUUUGUGCCCGUGGAUGGCUGUAGCAAUCUGGCCCUGGCCGCCGCUUGGAGGACGGCAGAGGAGUCAGAGCAGCGUAGAAAGAACCCCGCUGUGCCAGCCACGGCAACCAUCUACAACUACGUGCCUACCGGGGAGAACUCCAUUAGGCAUGAGUACUUUAUGAGAGCCGCGGAGAAUGAGCGAACAGACUGUCUUUUGCCACAGUGUAUCUGGUACCCGUUCCUGCACACCACCAAAAUAGUUUGGCUAUAUAAGCUGGCCACCAUAUUUUACCACCUGAUUCCCGGCUACUUGAUUGACGUAGCUCUGCGUCUGCGCGGCCAGAAACCAAGGAUGAUUCGCAUAUACGACAAGAUCCACAAGAAUAUUGAUGUGCUGCAGAGGUUUCUGCUCGAAAGCUGGACCUUCGAGACACCAAAUGUGGAUCGAUUGUGGCAGUGCAUGUCUCCAGUGGAUCAGCAGCUCUUUGACUUCAACUUAAACAGUCUGAACUGGGAAAAGUAUUUGCAACAAGCUUUCUUCGGCAUGUGCCUCUAUCUGUCCGCGGUGCCAAUAACUGAGGAGACAUUGAAGCGCAGUCUUCAGAAAAUGAAACGCUUUCUCAUACUCCAUCGACUGCUGCAAUUCAGUUUGAUUUGCAUUGCGAUUGUGAGUGUCAGAUGGCUUCUUCGCCUAUUACCGUAA